GAAAGUGGUAGUUAUGGAGAUAGUAUAGUAUAGUAUUUAGUAGUAGAAGAAGAAAAAAGGAGAAAAACAAAAGGGGAUUGGUUAAAUUAAGUUGGUAUAUAAAAACACGAGGGUUUUAAGGUUUAUGGUUCUUUUGGGAAGUGAAUGAGUUUGGAGAUGAGUUUUUGACAAGUUAAUACAGCUGAGGUUUCCCUCUUUUGGUUCAGUUUUUAAGCUAUCAUGGACUUGUUCUUGGCUGCAAAUGCUGCUCUUAGUUUCAUGGUUUCUAUGAGUUUCAGUGAGAAAUUUGAUCAAGUAUGUGUUCAUUAUACUUUCUUUCAUGAUGUGAAUUCGCUUGUGAAGAAACAAUGAGCGUUGAGUGAAUGCUUUGGAAUCCGAUGAUUGUUUUGUUAUAGGUGUUUGAUUAGUCUUCAAUUCUUUGAUUUUUUCGGGGUGGGGUUUUAGAAAUUGGAUUUAUUUUUUUAUUCUUUUGCUUAUUCUUGUUCUUUAAUUCAUAACAUACACAUACUUGUUCAUAUAGGAACACUGGAAAUUUGUUAUAAAAUCUUUUGUUGAAUUUCUUCACUUUGUUACUCAUCGGAUUCCUAUUGUUUUUAUUGUAUUUUGAUUUCUUGAAAGUUCACACACUCACUUAGUCUAUCUCUCUAGAUAUACCUUUGCUAAAUAUACUUACUAGGACAUAUAAGAAAACUUAGAAGAAUUUGCACAGGAAAACUCAUACAUUGCAUUGCAGCAUACAAUUACAGAACCAAAGAGAGAUAGGAAGUUUUAAAGAGAUAAAGAUAGGUUGGGUGGGUGAAUUGAAACUGAAACAUUAAAAAAGCACAAAAGGAAAGAGAAUAGGAAGGUUGUAGAGAAUGUUGGCUGGGUGUUCUAGUUCUGCAUUGGUGUCACCAAGGCAUAGAUUGAGGAGUGAAGCAUCUGCACAAUUUCAAGCUUGCCAUUUCCAGCUGCCUUCAAUGAACAAACAGAGACUGGACUUGCCAUGUAGCUUCUCACGGAAAGACACUUCAAGGCCACAACCAAUUAGGCCUGUUGGUCUCUCAGUUGAUAAGCCAAUUGAGUCCAAGAGCAGCUGUUCUCUGAAGCAAAACAUCCGUUUACCACCUUUGGCUACAAGAAAUAACCAGAUAGAGAUAAAAGAUAAGUUUUGGGAGAAGGGUAAGAGUCUGAAGAGGUUUGCAGAAGGGGGCUUGGUUGAUGAGUCUUGCAUUAAUAGGGCUAAAAGGAAAAAGGGUAGCAGUGAUAAUGAUGGGAAGAAUGAUGAUAUUCAUGAAAGUGGAGAUAAUUUAAGCUUAGGCCAAUUGAGUUGUAGGAACUUUUGGUUUCAGCAAAGUUUCACCGACCAAAAUGUUCCUCAACUACCUUUGACUUGUUCAGGGGAGGAUGACCGGGUCUGUUUUGUGCCUAGUGAUUUGAUCUCACCACCCCUGCCAUUGUCAAAAAUUCCUUGGGUGGAGUCAGUUGUAACUGAGAUCACUGAUUUGGGUGAAAAAGAUGUUCAUGAGACCAGACAUAGGCUGGCAAAGGAGGUUUCAGCUUCAAGUAACUCAUCAGAGAGUCAUAACUUGGCUCUUGGGCCGCAUGAGAAUCCUGUGGAGCAUGAUAUGGGUAAUGGGUCUAAAAAUCCUUAUCCACAUCAAGGUGGUGUGGAGGCUAGUGAGGAGGAUAAGAACCAGUGGGGUAAUCAAGGUUUUGAGCUUGUCAGCUUACUUACUGCAUGUGUUGAAGCAAUAGGGAGAAGGAAUAUCCAUGCCAUCAAUCAUUAUAUUGCUAAAUUAGGGGAUCUUGCUUCUCCACGAGGAAGCUCAAUAAGUCGCCUAUGUGCCUACUACACUGAAGCUUUGGCUCUUCGGGUUGCCAGGCUUUGGCCUCAUACUUUUCAUAUUAAUCCACCUCAAGAUCUUGAUCGGUUGGAUGAUGAUUCGGGUAUUGCAUUGAGGCUAUUGAACCAGGUAACACCAAUUCCGAAGUUCAUUCAUUUCACAUCAAAUGAGAUGCUGCUGAGAGCUUUUGACGGGAAAGACAGGGUUCACAUUAUUGAUUUUGACAUCAAGCAAGGUCUCCAGUGGCCUAGUUUGUUUCAGAGUUUAGCCUCCAGGAGUAAUCCUCCAAGCCAUGUUAGAAUUACUGGUAUAGGUGAGUCUAAGCAAGAGCUAAAUGAAACUGGAGAUAGGCUUUAUAGAUUUGCUGAAGCACUGAAUUUGCCGUUCGAGUUUCAUCCAGUUGUGGACAGGCUAGAAGAUGUGAGGCUGUGGAUGCUUCAUGUGAAGGAGAAGGAAAGUGUGGCAGUGAAUUGUGUCUUUCAAUUGCACAAGACACUGUAUAGUGGCAAUGGAGGAGCACUCAGGGAUUUUUUGGGACUUAUUCGAAGUACAAAUCCUACAAUAGUCAUUAUGACAGAGCAAGAAGCUGAAAACAACUCCCCCACCUUGGAGACAAGAGUUUCCAAUUCAUUAAAGCACUACGCUGCCAUAUUUGAUCUGAUCGAUUCCUCCCUCCCAUUAGACAGCCCUGUUAGGCUCAGGAUAGAGGAAAUGUUUGCAAGGGAAAUUAGGAAUAUAGUUGCUUGUGAAGGAAGCAACCGAUACGAAAGGCACGAGUGUUUUGAGAACUGGAGGAGGACGAUGGAGCAAGGAGGAUUUCGAUGCAUGAGGAUUAGCCAGAGGGAAAUGCUUCAGAGUCAAAUGCUGUUGAAGAUGUACUCUUGUGAACAUUAUGGUGUUAAGAAGCAAGUUGAUGGAGUGGCGCUUACUCUAAGCUGGAUGGAUCAGCCUCUUUACACAGUCUCAGCCUGGGAACCUGUUGAUGUUGCAGGCAGUUCAUCCUCUUUUUCUUAGCCAAGUUGAUUGCUGUUGCUUUCUUUUUCUUCUUCAUACAUACAUCAGUUGCAUACAGAGAAAGGGACACAAAAUUCUUUGUAGGUAGAGAAUUCUGUCAUCAUAAUCGUUCUUUCAUUAUUUUAUAGCAGAUAAGAUUUUUCAACUGGGAUAGUGCCAGAAUCAUACUGUAGCUUCAUACUGAUUUCAGUUCUUUGCAGGCCAUAUUUAUAGAUUUCAGUCAGUAGUAUUUAGUGUCAAUUUGUGUUUAUUCUUUAAUUCUUUAUGUAUGAAAGAGUGUUGUCCUUUUUCCAUUCAAGGUUAUUAGGAACAUGAACAAUGUAGUUGGAAAUUUGAUUUUUAUAAAGUACUGAUUUGUGUUA